GGGUAGACCUUAUCACAAUAGCAGGUACCACCUCUCCACUGUUAUUUCUGUCAGAGCAGAGCGCACCACGAUCAUUCAGUGUCAAGUAGCGUAGCUUGCGAGUCGCCAACAGCCGGCUUUUUGUAGAAGUGUGUACAUGAGAAGUUUUCGUGCCGCAAAAUUAGGAACUGAUGUAUAAGAGUCUGGAAGAUAUUAUGGCCGAGGGAUUUUCCUUCACCGUUCCAUCUGGGGUGGACCUAGAGAAAUUUGGACUCGACGAGAACAUAUCGGUAAUAAUUGCACCUGGUUCGAAACUGUCCACCGUCAGGGAAAAUGAAGAAUACGAACAAUUUUUGGCAGACGUUUGGAUUGGCAUAAUGCUGACACUUAUGGUGGUGAUUUGUGUUUGUUGCAUGUGUUCGUGUUUGUUGUACCACAAGUUUCAACAAUGGAAGAGAAGACUUCGUCCAUCAAGGACACCAUCCAGUGUUGAAGAAGGAGGAAGUCCGGGCUAUACAGACACAGAUUUACCAAGUUAUGACAUGGCAUCCGGUGGUCUGCCUAGCUACGAUGAAGCCAUAAAGCAAUCACAAAGGGUCAAGGAACUAGCAGCCGGACAACGUACAGCGAACAGGACACCGCCUACGGAACCCGAAUGGGUGCCACGCACACCACCUACCCCUGUACACCAGCCCCUGACUGAACUGCUCAGGCAUCUGACACCGUCUACCAACAGUAGCACAGCAUCCGCGAUCAAGACUUCAUAGUGACCACAUUCUGUUUUUAGAGACUGCAGGACAGAUUGUAUAGUGUAAAUAUAUAAGACUUGUAUCAAUUUGACGCUGGCGUUGUGAAUACCAAAGAAAUAUUCCUUAGAUUUCUUGACGAUGAAAUGGGAAUACAAACAAAAAUCGCGAAUGUGUUCAAAAGGGACAUUUCCACGUUGACAUACCUACCUAUGAACUCGGAGUCUAUGUACUACUAGCUUUACGUGACAACUGUCAUUCAGAUUUUCACCGUCUGUGACGGAUAAAAUGUACUUUAAUUAUGUGAAGUGAAAAUCUAUGUUUUUCCAGCUAAAAUUUGACAUUUGUUUAGAUUUUCAAUGUCUAUGACUGAUAAUGUAUUCUGUGAACUUUGAUUUGUCGAUUCAACGGUGUCCUGAAGAAAUGAAUCCAGGCUACUCUAGGACGAUGGCAUUGUACACUAUCGUAAUUAUUAUUAUGUUGGACUGCUCAAAUAACCAACACUUGUUCAAGCCUAUCCGAAUGUCAAAUAAACGAAUUGUGACAAUGCAUUUUGUUUCGAAAGAAAGGUAUAUUUAACUCUAUAAUCUUCCACUUUUAAAUUAUAAUUGAAUUAUCCCAUUGCAGUAUAUUACAUAUGCCACCCUUCAUUGGAGGUCGAUCUUCAUCGAUAAAAGCUAAUUUAAUUUACAAUCCGUCAUUGAUUGAGAACUCGUUGAACAAUUAUAGGAGAUAUUUUUUAAUAAGAGUAGCAUUGGCUGGCGAAUUAUAUGCUAACCUCGUGAUGGAAAUGACUCAAUUUGAUUCUUCGAUGAUUCGUUUAAUAAAGAUUUUAUGAUCUCAAACGAUACCAUCCGCUGCAAUAAAGUAAAAUAUUGUGAUGAGGUGCUCAGGUUAGCAUGAUGCCAACUUAAAAAUUUUUCAUUUCGUGGCGAGAAGAAAUAAAAAUAUUCCAUGUUCUAUUUUUUUAUUUGGUUGAUAUCAAUAUAACGUUUUCGGUUGAAAUCCUGAAUUUAGCUUACAAUUCAAGAAGUCUAUGACGUUGAAUGUUAGAGAAUCAAAUCACUUCGCAAGACAGUAGGUAAUGACAAGACUUGUUGAAAAUUUAAAUAUAUUCAACGAUUAUUCUGCUAGACAUUUUAUGACCUUGGGAUUCCUUUCGUCCACUAAAUUCAUUUUAAUAAAACCAUGCUAGGAUUUCAAAUGAUUCCGUACCUGGGUCCAGACACAGCUUGCUAGGAUUUGAAUAAUAACUAGUCAAGACUUAAUAAUUUACAGUGCAUCCAAUUACGACUUUCAAUAGCAUAAUUGGAUUUCCGUAAUUUUAUUAUCGAAUUUAUGUUUUGACCUCAAUUUUGCUAUCGCGAAAAUCUUUGACAUUUCUUGUGAACAAGCUGUGGAUCUAGAUUCCUAAUUCAGAUAACAAGGCGUAAAUCCAUUCAACAAUAAAAAACUAUGAACCUUUCUCUCACAAUGCCGAAAUGAUUUGUCAUAUUGAUUUAAUGAUUCAAGGUAAUCGAAGAUAUGGAUCAUAAUGGGUUGGACUUUAAAUGUUAUUUUAUUGGUCGUAUUCAAACCAAACACCAGAAGACCAGUGUACCAACCUUUCGAGUUCACGACUUUUCCAAUCUAUUUUGUGAAAUCAAAUUGACGUUACUUUACUUGCGAUAUUAAGAUCACGUUACUAAUUUCAUUUAACUGCAACAAAUAUCUUCCGAUUUCUCUGUCAAUGACAUGGAUACAGCAAGAAAAUAACACUGUAAUGCUAAUUAUCUACUUAAUGGUGGUGAGAAUAUGUUGUGAUAUAGGUGAUGUACCAAACCUAAAAAAAAAUAUGUAACAUGGUGUAAUGUUACUUCAAUACAGGCUGUGUUAGCGUAUUUAGAAUUAAGGCUUAAUUUAUUUUUAGACGUCUAGUGUUAAUUUGAAGUAGAAAUAUGUAUGUACCUAUUCGAAAUGUUUGUGAUUGUGUGAAAGAGUGGACAAAUAUAUAUGUACCUACUGAUAAAUGUUUCAAGGA